CUACAUGUCCACAAAUUAACAAAGAUAAGAGAUUUGGUGUGAAUGACGUCUUCUGUCCAGGUGAAGAAAGAAAAAAGAUGUUAUCAUUCAUCAUGUUGACAUCACCUACCACUAUCACACAGCCACAGGACUUGCCCUUAGCUUUGCAUAGUGUGCCUUACAUUCCAACACUGAGCAGCCUCUCACAGCCACUCUCCUGACUGUCCCUUACACAAAGAAGAAUCAAACAGGAUGAAAGUUCUCCUUGUAUUAGCAGUUGUGGUAGGUGGCUGUGUGUUUGCUUUGCCGCCACAAUACAUCCACCACCGCCACCAGCCCCUCGAGACCUCACAGAACACUACCUCAUACAUCAAGGGGAAGGAAACACAGGUCCUGCCUCAUCAACAAAAGUUUGAUAUGAAAGGAAAAGAAGCAAAUGUGGUGUAUCAUGACAAUAAACUCGCAAGUCAGGAGGACAAAACACACAAUAUUCGAGACAAGCACAGAAGGUCUCAUUACAUCCCGAGGAACACUGAAGCCAGAAUUCUUGACAUGAACAGGAGAUACCCAAGUCGAGGAAAGCUGAAGACACUGCCAGGUCUGGCAAAGCUCAGCAAGGAAGACAUGCCACAGACCAACACCACCAACCCCAUGGAAUGUUCAUUUGCCUGUCCUCAAGCCGAGAGCAUCACACCCUGCAUCUGUGACCCUUGCGCCCGGGCCAUGAACUGCUCCGCCGUGGAUUCUUUGCGGAAGCUGUUCACCAUUUUCCACACUGCAGCAUUCCCUAACCCAAGGUUUGAGUCAUUUUUGCUGGUGUCCCCCUUACUGAAGAGUUACAAAGGUAGUGCCCGCUCAGACACUUUCCUUGCCAACACUUUCGGGGAUGUCUCCUUCACCAGCAUAUGGGUGGAGAGCAUGGCAUCUCUCACAGUAGUGGAAACUGGGGCAUUCAAGGGCAGCGAAAACACCCUCAUCAGUCUUGUCUUCAGAUGGAACUACGGUCUCACCCACUUCCCCUUCAAUGAGAUUGCUAAAAUGGAAGUGCUGCAGAAACUGGAGGUAUCAGGGAGCAGUUUCAACACCCUGCUGGCCUUCCCUUAUAACCCAAGGCUCUCCAGUCUUUUCCUGGACGACAAUCGCAUCGAAAGCAUUCCUCCACGGGUAUUCUCUGAGCUCUCCAACCUCAUGUAUCUGGACUUGGCAUACAACAGUCUGUAUGAGCUGAAUAAGGACAGCCUGCACUUCUCGUCCCAAGAUGUGAUAGCGUUCCUGGAUCACAAUGCCAUUACAUACAUUGAUGAGCGUACCUUUAGCGGACAACAGCCUAUCCUUCUUGAUGUCUCCUAUAAUGCCCUUACAGGCCUGGACCAGGGUGUCUUUCAGCCUGUACUGGACAACAUUAUUGACAACGACGACGACAGCUAUGUGGACGCCACCAACAACCCUCUCCAGUGCCCCUCCAUAUCCUGGCUGUUGGAAAAUUCAAUGUACCUCUACUUCAUGGCCUUACCUGAGCCCCCUGCACCCCUGCAAGUUGAGGUGGUCCUGAGAUGCUAACUCAUGUUCUUGAUGAUCUUUUAGGUGCUUUAUGUGAUGCUGUAAGUGAUUCCAGUGAUUUGUGAAUGGAAUGCUGGAUGUACUGAGUAAUCUAGGUGAUAUGGUUUAGUGACCUUUUGAAUGCUGGUACAGGUUGCUGUGAUCUAUCCCUUGUGACCUUUUAGAUGCUUCAGUGGUUUGUGCACAUUGUUAUUGAGAUCUAGAUAGCUUUACGUAUUAGUUGCAGCCAGUGACUCUGAGUGCCCCAUGUAGAACCUCUGUGUGUAUGCUCUUACAAUGAUCCUGUAGUAAGUGUUCCUGUGAUAAUCCAAGAUAAUAGUGAUUGUGCAUGCAAGUAGUGACUCCAGCAUUAGUGAUAAUAUCUCAGACAGGUCCUAGGUGACUCACUGACUGUACUUUGCAAACCUACACAUGGAUCCCCUUCUACUGGUCAUGUAGUUGUUCCUGUGUAAAUCUCAAGUUACUGGUGAGCAUGCAAGUGCCUCAGUGAUCCUAGUACAGUGCCUCUCAACCUUGGAUACAUGAGUGACAGUUCUCAAAAUAUUGAAGUUUUCAAGUAAGAUUUCAAAACCUUAAACAAAAAACAUGCUCAUUGUUACCAGAGUAUGUUCCACUUUCAGCUACAUAUAUACAACUAGUUAUCAGGAAAAAUGGUUACAAGCCACACUUUUUUUCCUUGUUAUGCUAGAUGUGGAUAUACACACAUCACCACUUGACAUCAUCUCCAAACAUGGAGAUCUCUACAUGGGUCAGUAAGUAAAAUGUUGAGAACUACCACUCAAGUUACAGCCUCAUACAUGGCCUGCACUGGAUUCAUGUGUAGGAUAUUGAUUUGUGUGGACAUUUUCCUUUGAACUAUCACUCCCCAGUCGCGUUCCUUAGUGGCCGCUCAGCUGUUGACCCUCUGGUUGGUAAUGGCUGUAUAACACAUUAUUUUAUUUAAUUCUAGACAAUUAUAUUAAGUAAAAAUAAAACUUCAGGAACUAAAAAUUAACUACUUGAUCACUCAUUUUGGUGUGAGUGCUCUCUGGAGUGUAAAAAAAAAAUAAAAAAAAAAUAAAAUAAAAAAAUAAAAAUAAAUAAAUAAAUUGCACUAUACGAGGGGUAACUAAAGUCUGACGUGAGGCACUACUCUGAUGCACCUAAUCCCGCGCCUCGUGAUUGUUAUCGCUUGCCGUGCCACGUUGACCGCUUUGGUUUCGAGUCACCUUAAUUAACAAGGACAAAGUGUUUACUAAUGCUGAGGAAUGUACUGUUUGACCGCCACUGUUGUUACUGAAAUGCCCUGUCUGUUAAAAAUAUAUAGUGAUUGAUAGACA